AUGUUCCUCAGUCCCAAUCUACUGGGAGUCUUGGGUGUAUUUCGUCCAACCGCAAUCAAUAUUGUAGCCGGGAAUUGUUUCAAUAAAUUGUCCCACGAUGUUAUCGGACAUCAAGAUCGGUUCACCAUUUUCUCGAAAACAUCCGGGUUGAUCCGGUUCCUUGGAAUCACCGCUGGUUUGACCGACAAAAUACCAACCCUGUCACAGGGGACUGAGCAGUUUCUCACAGUUCUGGCCACAUUGCCCUCCACUCAGACAAUUAUGCUGAGGCUCGGGCAACCUGGCAGUAUCCCAGCCCUCGUGCUUCCUCCGGGUGGCAUGGCAGCUAGGCACCGAAAAGGUGUUACAGCUGAACGAUUUCGAUUCGAGGUUUGGGCAACCUGGCAGUAUCCCAGCCCUCGUGCCUCCUUCGGGUGGCAUGGCAGGCGCCAAAAAGGUGCUGCAGCUGAUCAAUUUUUCUUCACUUUAGAAACGCUAACCACCAUCAAGGCAAUAUUGGCCCAUAUAUCCAGCCAUAAUCAUAACCAGAAAAAACGAAACUGUCGGAAGCUUCAUUUUCUGACCACCACAUGA